CGUUGCAGGCGGGGGACGAGGCAUCGACACUCCCGGAGAGGCGGGAGCUACUCUGCAAGCCUGCUGGAAGAGGGGAGAGGAAAAAAUACAGAAAUAAGCUUAAAAACAGAAACCGAAGCAAACACCAAUCGUCAGAAAUGAACAUUUACUGGAUUACUUUUUUGUAACGUUGAUAACAUAUUUUGGGCGAAGUUUUCACCCCUAUUUGCACUAACUAACGGUACUUAAGAACAACUGCGAAUUGAAUCCUUUUUUUUGUUGUUUUACAGAAAAAGACAAUAUCAGAGCCUGUGGAGAACAUCCCUCCGCUACAAAACCAGCACUUUUUCCUUUCGAACCAGUUUCAUCCAAACACUGGUUGCUUUCGGCAUCCUGCCAGGAGAGCGCCUGUUUUGCCCGCCACGGAUAAACAAAGCAGCCCCAGUGGACGCGCUCAAGGUCAGACACACGUAAUCCUCACGCACCUGGGAAACGUCGGCAGUCAGCUAUGCAGCUCGAAAUCCAAGUAGCUCUCAACUUCAUCAUCUCGUACCUCUAUAACAAGUUGCCGAGGCGGCGCGUUAACAUUUUCGGCGAGGAGCUGGAGCGGCAGCUGAAGCAGAAAUACGAGGGACACUGGUACCCGGAGAAGCCAUACAAGGGCUCGGGAUUCAGAUGUAUCCACGUGGGGGAGAAGGUGGACCCCGUGGUGGAGAAGGCAGCCAAGGAGAGCGGCCUGGACAUUGAAGACGUCCGCAACAAUCUGCCCCAGGACCUCAGCGUGUGGAUCGACCCCUACGAGGUGUCCUAUCAGAUCGGGGAGAAGGGGCCCGUCAAGGUGUUGUACGUCGACGACAGCAACGACGGUGGCGCUGGCAGCGGGGGGCUCGAUCUGGACAAGGAGAUCAAGAACAGUUUCAAUCCCGACGCGCAGGUCUUCAUGCCCAUCAGCGAGCCCGCGAUCGCCGCCUCCCCGGGCUCCACCUCGCCCUCCCCGCCCUUCGGCCACUCGGCGGCGGUCAGCCCCACCUUCAUGCCCCGCUCCGCGCAGCCAUUGACCUUCACGACCGCCACCUUCGCCGCCACCAAGUUUGGCUCCACUAAGAUGAAGAGCAGCGGGCGCAACAACAACAACAACAAUGGCAGCAACAGCAACAGCAGCGCCGCCGGGAACAAGGUGGCGCGCACCUCUCCCACCAACUUGGGCCUGAAUGUGAGCAGUCUCCUGAAACAGAAAGCCAUCUCCACCUCCAUGCACUCUCUUUACGGGUUGGGCCUCGGCGUCCAGCAGCAGCAGCAGCAGAAGCCCUCGGCCCUGUCCCCCAACGCCAAGGAGUUUGUGUUCCCCAGCCUGCAGGGCCCGGGCAGCCAGAGCGCGCUCUUCCCCGGAGACAGCUCGCUCAGCCUCAGCCCGCUGCAGUACAGCAAUGCCUUUGACGUGUUUGCGGCCUACGGUGGCCUUAACGACAAGUCCCUUAUGGAUGGCUUGAGUUUCAGCUUGAACAACAUGCAGUAUUCUAACCAGCAAUUCCAGCCAGUUAUGGCCAACUAGUAGGCGUUAAGGUACUACUUAAGCUACUACACAGAAACGACCAGAGAUAAUGUGAUCGGGGACGGGGGGGGGGGGACAAAAACAAAUGCACAUAUUGCAAAAACAAAAACAUGUAAACGAAACCAGAAUGUCAAAGAGAAAAGGAAGAAGCGACUUGUCAGCUGUAAGAUCUGUGUAAUGAGUCGAAGAGCAUGAGCCCGAGGGUGAACUGCUUUGCCCCCUUGAGUUAUACCUUUAGUACAAGAUGUCCAAGCUUGGUUACCUAAACUUCAACAUGCAUCAUCGUCAUUUCUUUUGCCAACCAAGCACAAUUUUUUUUACGUGACUGUUUCAACAUAUAAAAAGAAAGACAAAAAAAAAAAAAUACUCCACCACAAGUCAUGGCCUCUUUCAGUAUUUAAACAGAACUGGACACCGCCAAUUUUUAAGAAAUUGGCCCAAAUAAGUGGAAUUUCCUGGUCUUUUUUCUAAUUGUAUAAUUUAAUUUAGUACAGAGUUUGUAAAAUAUCAGAGUAUCUAUUGUUUCUACGACAUGGUAUUGCAUUUAUAUCUUUUUACUACUCCAGUGAUCUGUGAUGGCUGCAGCAACUUUAUGUUUUCUUUUUUUAUUGAAAUUAUAAAAUGAAUCCAUCUUCGACAAACAUCGACUCUAUUCUAAAGAUUGUGUACAGAAUAUUCCGUAGUGGUGGGAUUUAAGAAUAUUUGCUUUUUUGAAAAAAACAUAAGAGUUGUAUUUUCUGUUUAAAGAUUUUUGCUAUAUUAUGGACAAAAUGUAAUCGUAUAUUAAUUUUGUACCUACAUUGUGCAAUACUUGAUAAAAAAACAAAAAAAAACGGUAUAACAAAGUAUUUGGAGUCAGUGUCUUACAUGUUAAGAGGGACUGAUAGUUUAUUAAGUUUGUAUUAAAAAGCUUGAAAAUAA